GGUACGGCUGCGUUUUUCAGAAAAUAAAGAUGGCCGAGUUGCGUGGCGUGAACUUGUUGCAAAACGAACUCGAAAGAGCAAAGGAAAGCUUAAAAGAUGUUGACGAAAAUAUAAAGAAGCUAACAGGAAGAGACCCAACUAUACAAAGACCUCAAAGACGUGUUUCUCUAGGGAGUUCUGAGCCAAGGGGUGGCAAAUCUGUUGGAGCAGAGAGGAUAUUCAAUCUUGCCAGGAGAGGGAUUCAGAUUACCCCGGAUGAUGAAGGACCCAGGCGAAGAGCAGGAGGAGCAUUCUCAAGGCUUGGGCCACGGCCAGGAGGACGAGAUAGAGGAGGGAGAGGACGGGACAGUGGGGAUGAGGAGGAUUCCCGCAACAGGCCUGCUGUUCAGUCCUCAGUGAUUGCCACCCCAAAGGAAGACAGAAGUCGCCAGAACUCCAUAGAGGAACAAGCAAGAGACAGGAAAGGUCAAGCAAGGAAUAGAAGGAUGUUUGGUUUACUUUUGGGUACCUUGCAGAAAUUCAAAGAUGAGUCUAAGGAAUCCAAAGAGAAGGAGGAGCAGAGGGUAAAGAUAGAGAAGAAACUUGAGGAAAAGUUUAAACAGGAGAAAGAGGAGAUAAUCAAAGAGAGAAGACAACUCUUCCUGGAACGGAGGAAGAAACAGUUCCGUAUACGCCUCAUUGAACAGAAAAUGGAAAUGGCACAAAAUCAUGAGAAUUGGGCAGCAGAAACGAGAAAAUUAGAGAAUUUUAUUCGCACAAAAGCCAAACCUCACCUGUUCUACAUGCCUAGAAUCCUCACUCCAGAUUCAGAAAGCAAACUAAGGGAUUCAAAAGCAGCUGUUGAUGCAAUGAUUGAAGAACGCCGUAAGAAGUUGGAGCAUGAGAUAGAAGAAAUGAUGAGUCAGGUACAUGACUACAGAGAAGAUGAAGAUGAAGACGACGGUGACGCAAGUAUGGGGGAGGAGGACAAGGGUAGUGACGAAGAGGGAGAGAGUGAGGGAGAGGGUGAGCACAGGGAUAAUAAGGAAAAUAGGGAUAGGCAUAAAAGUGAGAUAGUUGAGGAGUUCUUAACUGAGAGGGAGUUAAGAGAUAGGGAAAGGGAGCAGAGAGACAGGGAUAGAAGGCUUAAAGAUAUGAGAAAGGAGGAAAGGGGGAGAAGGAGAGAGGAUAGGGGCGAGAGGAAGAGAGAGGGUAGUAGGGACAGAAGUAAAGAUGGCAAGGAUAAGAGUAAAGAGAGAGAGAAAGACAGGAAUCAUACAAAACAUCGAGAUAGAUCUCGUUCACAGAGUAGAGAACACAGCAGAGAAAGACAUAGGUCUGGCAAAAAUAGAUCAGAGAAAAGAAGCAGGCAUCACAGUGAAGGUGAAAGACAGCAUGGACAUGCAUCAAAACCUAAAAGGCGGUCUAAAGGUGAAGGUAAAACUGAGAAGCGUGAGAAAGUGUGGGAACCAAUGGAGGAUGAAGAAGAGGAAGAAUUUGUUGGAACCAAAGAUAGUGAGAAAGAUGGAAAUAUUCAGAGUAAGAUGUUAUUAAUGGCAGGAAUGACUGAUGUUGUUAAAGAGAAAAAAACUGAGAGUGAGAUUGGUGAAAUUGAGUUUGAUAAAACCAAAUUUUUAGAGAGCCGAGGGAUUGAAGUUUCAAAUGUUGACAAACCUAGAGGUGUAUAUCCUGAAAUGGGAAACACUGAUAAUGACAAUUUGCAGGAAAAGUCAAAUAAUGUAGACCAAGAUAAAUCUGAUGAUGCUAAUACAACCUAAAUUUUUUAAAAUAUAAAAAUAGAUUUUAUUACUGCUCUUAAAUCCAUAACUUGCAAAGUAAUUAUAAAUGUGACUUUGUUAUUAAAUCUUUGUUUUAUGUGUUUCUUGUUUGUUAAAGACCACCUUUUACUUACAGUAAAGAUAAGUAAAUUUACUUAAAUAAUAUGAAAGAAAGGUAAGUAUUGAUUUCUUUAAUACUUAUAAAUUUAAGUAAAAUAGCUGUGACAGGUACUUUCUCAGAAUAUUUUCUUAAAGCGACAGCCUGCAGAUGAACAUUAAAAUUUCAAUUUUUUUCAAAACAGAUAGCAAAUGAUACUAGAUAUUGAAAAUGAUAAACCAGUAGAUAUUUUAAUGUGAAUCAAAUAAAAUACAGUUAAAUUCCUAUUUUGCAUCAAUUUUCAAAAAUGCAACUAAUGCUUUUGGGAGUUUCACUUUAUGUUUUAUUGAUAAGAAGAGUUUUUAUAGAUAAUAAUUUCCAGAAAUAUACAGAAUCAUGUUAUGUUUUCUUUUUUAUUGCAAUUACUAACUUACGAAAGCAUUUUCUAAAUUGUGAAAAAUUUGACAUACAUCUGGAGGCGUGCAGCUUUAAGGUUGUAUUUCGUUGGUGAUUUAAAAGAUAAGUAUCAAUUAAAUUACUGGUAAUUUGAAUGUUAGGUUACACUUUUGUUGUUUGUACUUUUGUUUUUACCAGGUAUAUGAUACACCGUAUAUCAAUAUAUAGGUUACAGUACUUUGUCGUUUAGUAUGCAUUUUACAUGUUUUUGCACCUUUUGAAAUAUUUACCUUAAAAAAUGUGGCAGAAAUGAGGCAAACACUUCCUAAAUAGCCUAAUCAGUGUAGGAUAAAUUUGAAUGCUUCAGGUACCAUAAUGAAUAUCUGUUACUUAUGCCAAGUAAAUCUUGAUGUAUUUUGAAUUACCAAAGUUACGAUGUUUUUGUGUAAUGCCAGCCUUUUCAAAUUCUGUCCAUCUUCAUCCUUGUCCAGAAGUGUCAGCACAAAUUAUUUCAUAAAUAUGCAUCCGUAAAUAAAAGUAUAUAAUAUUGAUUCAGUGCUGACAUAUUAAAUUGAUUAGUUCUUUCUCCAGCCAUACAUUUUCAAGCAAAGAUUAAAAAAUGAAACCUUUUACUUAUCUGUAUGCAUGCAUUAUUUUGACUUGUAAUCAAGUGAAAUUUAACCAGACUGGUUUGCUAUCAUACCAAGCUUUGAUAAUUACUGUUAAGUGUGACUGAUCUGCAGAAAAAUUGAUAAAGUAAAACCUGUUGUUGCUGUACCUUAAAAUCUGAAUAGUUUACAACAGUUUGCUUGGAGGAAUCAGUGGAGCAUGCUUAAGACAUAAUAACAUUCUUGAUACUCAAAAGGGUUGCCUAUCGAUGAAUUUUCAUGUUUGUAUUUUCAGAAAUAUCUGAAGCUCUCAGUGAGAAGUAUGUUUUCACAUUAUGGACCAUUAUAACUGUAUAUUAUACUACAGCAGUUACUAAACUGUUCAUUAAUUUUGGACAUUUUGUGUUUUAGGUCAGAGCUGAUUCUGUUCAUUAUGUAAAAAGAUUUAAAAAUUCAUAUUGAUUAGUAGGAACAUUGAAGUUUUGUGUAUUUUGUUUUUGUGAAAAAUUGCUUGAUUUUAGAGUGAUUAUGGAAAAUUUCAUAAUAAUCGGAUAAAACUUUAAAGUUGAAUAUGUUGCAUAUUAUAGACAGAUAUAUUUAUUCUCGGUGAGUUCCAACAUAGUGUAUUUAAAAUUUCAGAACAAAACAUUUCAUGAAAGUAAAAUAGUUAAUUAAAAAAAACAUGUUUUUGCUGGAGCAGCACAAAAUCCCUCCUGCUGAUUUUCGAUGUAGCAAAUCUAACAAUAGCAGUUGUUUUUAUCCCAAACAUAACAAUUCAAAACAUUUGGCAGAGUUUUUUGUUUGCUUCAUCAAAAAUCACCAAGAGGGAUUUUUGUCCUACACUUUUUUUUUGAACCUAACUGAAAAGUAUAAAAUAUUCAUCUGGAAGUUGAAGUUGCAGCAGAGAAUUUAUUGAAAGAGAUGUAAAUUUUAAUGUGAGCUUAACAGUAACAACAUUUCAUACUUUGUAUAUAUAUAUUUCUGGUAUGAAUGUUAAAUAAUAAACACCACUAUGAGCAAAUCCAAAGUUUAGGUAUCAGCACUGUGAAAUAUUAGUAAUUUACACCACUAUGCACAAAUCCAUAGUUUGGAUAUCAGCACUGUGAAAUAUAUGUGUUAUAUCUGUACCAUGUAUAUUCUUGUACAAAUGUUUCUUUGUUCUCUUACCAAAUACAUGCAAGUGAAAACUACA